AUGUCUUUAAUGGAUUACACUCUCUUUCUUCCUUUCUCUUCCGUCCUUCCUUUCUCUUCCGUUCUCUUCCUUCCUUCCGUUCUCUUCCGUCCUUCCUUCCUUCCUUCCUUUCUCUUCCGUCCUUCCUUUCUCUUCUGUCCUUUAUUCCUUCCUUUCUCUUCUGUCCUUUAUUCCUUCCUUUCUCUUCCGUCCUUCAUUUCUUCCUUCCUCUUUCGUCCUUCCUUGCUCUUUCAUCUUUCCUUUCUCUUUCAUCCUUCUUUCCUUUUACGUCCUUCCUUCCUUUCUCUUUCGUCCUCUUCCGUCCUUCCAUUCAUCCAUCUUUUUUCUCUUUUGUCCUUCCUUUCUUUCUUUUGUCCUUCCUUUCUUUCUUUUGUCCUUCCUUUCUUUCUUUUGUCCUUCCUUUCUUUCUUUUGUCCUUUCUUUCUUUCUCUUUUAUCCUUCCUUUCUUUCUUUCUCUUUUGUCCUUCCUUUCUUUAUUUCUCUUUUGUCCUUCCUUUCUUUAUUUCUCUUUUGUCCUUCCUUUCUUUAUUUCUCUUUUGUCCUUCCUUUCUUUAUUUCUCUUUUGUCCUUCCUUUCUUUAUUUCUCUUUUGUCCUUCCUUUCUUUAUUUCUCUUUUGUCCUUCCUUUCUUUAUUUCUCUUUUGUCCUUUCUUUCUUUCUUUCUUUCGCUUUCAUCCUUUCUUUCUUUCGCUUUCGUCCUUUCAUCCUUUCUUUCUUUUUUACUCUUUUGUUCUUUAUUUCUUUCUUUCUUUCUCUUUUGUCCUUCCUUCCUUUCUCUUUCAUCCAUCCUUUCUUUCUUUCUUUCUUUCUCUUUCUCUUUUUCUUUCUUUCUUUCUCUUUCUUUCUUUCUCUUUCUUUCUCUUUCUUUCUUUCUUUCUUUCUUUCUUUCUUUCUUUCUUUCUUUCUUUCCUUUCGUUCUUCCUUUCUUUCUUCCUUUCUUUCUUUCUUUCUUUCUUCCUUUCUUUCUUCCUUUCUUUCUUUCUUUCUUUCUUUCUCUUUCUUUCUUCGCUCUUUCUUCAGUGGAUUUGACUCCUAUGUUAAGGUGCCUGUUGAUGAUGGUGGGGAUGUACUUACCCGAUCUGACUCCUAUGGUAACUUCACCAGUUUAAUAGAAUCUUCAACAGCUGACAUCAACGCCAAUGGUAUCGACAAUGCAAGUACAAACGUAACCACAGUUGAAGAGAUUUCGCACUCAGAAGGUCCCAUUGACGGCAGCCUAUAUGCGUCGGUCAACAAACGCAAGGUGGAAACAACCACCACCACUUCAACAUCAUACGUCAAUGUCAAUGGUUCCACUCAUCAACUGCCAAAUGGAUCAUCUCACAACUCCAGCAUGGACUCCGGUUACACUGCAGGUGUGAGCCCAGCACCCAAUGAGACGAUAACACAUGAGCAAAGUACAACUGUAACCGUGAACAACGCUGCCAGUAAUUUGUCACAGAAACCUGCACCUGUUAAAGCACUCAACGAACAUAGAGAACUUGAUGCUAUAUUGGAGGAUUUGCUGAAUAAUCAAGGCUUUGAAGCAGUUAAUGACAACACCACAGUAAGAAAGAGAGAAGAGACAACCACUUACGCUGAUACACAGGAUGCCUCAUCAGUGACUGUGACCACACAGAAAACUGAGAUCACAGAAGUGCCUGUUGUCAUAGAGGAGAGGCACUACACAAUCACUCAAAAUACAGAUGAAAAAAUGAAGCAUGUUCCAAAGAAUGCGUUCACUUACACCAUCCCUUCUGUUGUGGAGUCCAAGACUGUCCAAGAGGUGGAGACAGUCAAGAGUUCUGGACCAGAACCUGUGAAUCAAGAAAUGACCUCCAAAACUUACACAUUGCCUUAUCGCACAGAUUACGAGAAUACUUACACCACAGAAACCACAUCACUACCGAUGGAUUCUGAUUCAUUGUCCUGGCUUGAAAUGCAACAGCAAAAGCUUCGUCAAAAGAAAGAAGAGAUUGAUGGUAAAAGGACCCAUCAAGAAAAAGCUCUUGUUGAGGAACUGAAAUUUGCUCAGAGCCGUUAUGCACACAAGCGAGCACAGAGUGAUGCUGAAGAGCAGGAGGUCAUGCAAAGUUAUUCAAUCAAUGGUCCGACCUCUCCUAUCACAGUUGGAGGGUAUACUGUGUAUCAGAUGUCAGUAAAUGCCCCGCCACCUCCCCAGCGAACCCACAGGCAUCAACCUGCUGUUGUUGAUGAAGUGUUUGAUGUCACUUCACCCGAAACCUAUGGUCGUACGGCUAACAAACCCCCUCCAUCACCUGGCCCCACUAUCCGAGCAACCAAUACCCCUCCAGUUACCCCACCAGUUCGCACAAGCAGCAAGGAAUACAUGCAAAGGCAGCGCUCCAACAGCCGUGAUUGGCCCCCACAGCAGCGCCCCCAGCAGCGUAGCACCAUUGUGACCACAACAGUUACUUCUAAUGAAGGUACGGUUGUAAAAGACAAGCCGCCAAUGAUGCCUACAAGUUAUGGUGCAAUGCCACCGCUUUCCCCUCCCCUUGCACAAUCCCUGCCAACUUCUACUUAUAGCACAUACGAAACAUCAUCCUCAAGCAAUGUUGUUGAGGAACAGCACACAGUUAUUGCACCACCACCACAAUUUGUGCCAGCUCCUGCCCCAGAGCCCAUCCCCGAACCAGAGCCAGAGCCAGCUCUCACAGCCUCUAUCCGAGAGCCAGUUCCUGAGCCAGAGCCUGCCCCAGCCCACAAGCCAAUUUCUGUCCCUGUUCAAGAGCCAAUCCCAGAACCAGAGCCUGCCCCUGCCCAAAAUUCAGUCCCAGUGCCAACCCCAGCACCUGAACCAGCCCCAGAGCCUGCACCAGCCCCAGCCACACAGCAACAAUACACUAGCAUCACCUCACACUAUGACAGCUCCAUUACUGCAUCUACUACCACCACAAAUUCAGCUAUUGACGUGCUGCAGGAAAUGCUGGACCAUAGUCUCCCACCCACAGUCCAGCCAGAUAGUGCGGCAGCACCUCCUCCCCCUGAGCCCAAGUUUGAGGUCCUACCUCCCCAAAAAGUUUCCCCUACCCAUCAAGAACCCUCUCACUCCCCUCUGGUGGACAUCCAGCAGCAGGGUCCAGUCACCGAGGUGUUUGUGCACAGAACACCCAGUGCCUCAAGCGCACACAGCCCCAAAGAUCUUACCAAUGACAUGGAUCAGCUUGAAGCGGCACUCUCUGCUAUGAAUGCUGUCAGUUCAGACCAGCAUGUUACAAAAGUUGAACAUCAACAACAACAACAACAACAAUAUCAUCACCAAGAGCAGAAGACCGAGACUAUCACAACAAUGACUUCGCAGACUUUCGAGAGUCAACAGCAGCAACAGUUCCAGCAGUCUGUUCAGGCGGCGGCAGCACCACCACCUCCAAAGGAAUCACCCAGAGAGAUUACUGAGAUUGAAGAAGAUCGUAUAAUUCUGAGACCUAUUGGACCAGGUGUCCAAACUCUUGAACCUGAUAAUAUGUCUACGUUAGGUCGACCUACAACCCCUGCCUUUCCUGUCAGCCCUGCAUCUAGCGUUGCCAUGACCCCACCUUUCCCGGUGUCUCCAGGUACACCCUACGUGAAUCCAAGCACCCCUUAUCACAUGUCUCCUGUUAAUUCUUAUAUGAUUCAUGGUCAACCAGGUAAAUCAUCUCAGUUUCCUGUCCUUUGCACACACAUAUCUUACCUGGUGCAUUUCUCUGUCAGAGGAACUACAUUUUUCCUCUUCUUCCCGCAUUCCUUCAUUUGCAUUUUCUACCUUUUUAUCUAUUGGGAUGAACUUCUUUGCUUAUGCAUUUUACCUACCUUUUUUUCUGCUUUGCUAAUUUAUUUCUUGGGAUAUCUACAGCUUACCAUUUUUUUUUUUCUUUUUCCAAAUAUCAAUUACAAAUCUCGCUUUACUUUUCUUAAUCCAGGUGUGCACUCUGGUUAUGCGUUGACGAUGAUUGGUCCAGGUGGGACCAUCCUGCUGCAGUCUUCUACCACUCCACCUACUUCUGCUCCUUUUGAGCACAGGACGCAAUCACAGACAACACAGGGCAAAUAUUAUCGGCAGACAACACGCUACUCUGAUCCACUUUAUGCUUCCAUUCCUGAAGAUGCUGAACCUCAUUUGCAAGCUGGCAGUCAGCUGUCCAGUCCAACAGGGACUCUGACUGGGGGUCACAGCAGUCAGUACAAUACUCUGCAGCAACACGGUUACCAUCAACAGCAGCAACAACAGCACCACCAAAUGAGCUCAAACCAGACAAGCCACUAUCAUCAUCAGCAACAACAGAGUAACCUCCAUCACAGCCAAAUGCCACCACAUCCAGACCACCAGCUGCUACUACAAAAACAACAACAACAACAACAGCAACAUCAACAACAACAGUUUUACCAGCAGCAGCAGCAACAACAACACAUGCAACAGUUCUCAGGAAACAUGGUGGAUGGCAGUUCCACAUUGCCUCCAGGCAGUUCAUUGCAUGUGGAUACCAGUUCAAGGUCUGCUACUUUGCCUCGCAGCCCCUCAUCUGCUGGAAGGUAA